CUCUAAUUCGCUCAAAAUGACUCGCACACUCUUGAUCGUCAUUCUUCUUUCCAUGCUUGCCGCUCAAACCAUAGCUCAAUGGGGAUAUCCAUAUGGAUACGGAUACCCUUAUGGCUACGGUCGUAGAUGGGGAUAUGGAGGAUACGGUAACUACGGUUAUAACAGAAACCCUGUCGGUAGCGCUCUACGAGGAGCAUUGAUCGGCGGCAUGAUGGGUGCCAUGAUGGGAUGAAACAAGAGCGAUUGUUCGAGAACAAAAAUGAGUGUUCUAGCAGAACAUACUUCAGUACUAUGUAAUGCACUCUCCAGUAUUUGAUAUACGUCAAU